UCCAUUUACAAUUUUACAGUCCCCGUUUAAAAUCAGAGAGAAAACAAAAGAGAAACAAAGAAAGAGAAAGAAAGAGAGAGUUGGUCUCGUUUUUCUUGUGUCUCUAGAAAACCAGAACCUCGCCGGAGAAUCUCAGCCGUCCGAUCCGAGAGACCAGAGAUUGGAAAAUCUGAACCGUCAACAAUGGUACCGGCGCCGACCUCGAGCUCCGAACCCCGACGCGGAUGAUGGAACUGAACGAUUCGAGUAGCGACGAAGUCCGGGACGCCGGAGCUGAGCCGACGAGGGGGGCCGGACUCGGGAUCGAUCUCAAUGAGAGGAUCCCUUCCCCUCCAGAAACCCUACCGGAUUCAUUAGACGUGGUCCGGUAUUAUCAAGAUAAUCCAUCUCCGCCGCCGGGAGGCCCGGCCGGAGUUCCCGGAGGCGGUCGCGGCUCUGCCUGCGCCUCCUGCGGGAAGCCCGAGGUCCGCGGACACGUGGUGGUCUGCGACGGCUGCGAGCGAGGGUUCCACCUCACCUGCGCCGGAAUGCGCGGCCGCCAGGCUGUCAAUUUGGACGAGUGGGUCUGCGGCGAGUGCCAGUGCGGCGGGGUUAAGAGCAAGCGGUGGCCGCUCGGUGUUAAGUCCAAGCAGAUUUUGGAUAUCAACGCGUCGCCGCCGAGCGACGGCGACGGCGACGCUGACGUGGCCGAGGAACUGAUUGAGUUGAGAAAGCACACUCCCGGUGGUAAUUCUUUUGGUGGAAAUCCAUUUGGUGCUCCAGUGACUUAUUCAAACUUCUUGUACUCCGGAAAUGGAUUUGGCUUGCCCAAAGCUUCUGGGAAUUUGACACAUGCGGUUAAAUAUGAAGAUACAUUGCAUCAUACAGAGACUGCUAAUGGAAGAUUUGAGGAAGUAGAUUUGAGUUUUCCAGCUGGAAGGCAUAGGAGUAGUAAUAAUACAGCUAUUAGACUAUCAUCCCCAAAUUCAAAUGAAAUAAUUCUGAAGGCUCUUAGAGAUUUUGUUUCUGAGAGGCAUGGGGUGCUGGAGGAAGGUUGGCGUGUAGAAUUUAAACAGUCAAUAGACAGUAGUGAACCAUAUAUAGUUUACUGUGCUCCAAAUGGAAAGAAAUUUGAUUCAUUAUCAGAAGUUUCGUACUAUCUUGGGUUGACAUCCGGCAAUUCUGUGGGGUCUGAAUUAAGAAGAGAGGGGUCUUUGUCUAUGACAGAGAAGACUUAUCAACCCAGAAAAAGAAAGUCAAGAACUUUAUGUGCCAAUGGAUUGACUGAAAAAAAGGAAAGUUCGAUCAGUGGUUAUUGCAAAAAGCUCUCUUCCCAUGGUCCAAGUGCGGAAGUUUCCGCCCUUGGUUUUGUGAAUAAUGGAGAAUUGUCAGAAGCUGGAUCAAAAGGAAUUGGAUGCAUCAUGUCGCAGCACAAUAGUGAGGGAUUCCCAGUGCAGUUUGAAGAUUUCUUUGUUCUUUCUUUAGGAAAAGUUGAUACAAGGCCCUCUUAUCAUGAUUCUAAUUUGAUCUGGCCAAUAGGUUAUAGAUCGUGUUGGCAUGAUAGGAUUACUGGUUCCUUAUUUAUAUUUGAAGUUUUAGACGGUGGUGAUUCUGGACCAGUUUUUAAGGUCAGAAGAUGUUCGUGCUCUGCCUUACCCAUUCCCAGUGGUUCGACUAUUCUGUAUAGGCCAGCACUUGGUGAUUUUUGCACUCAAAGUGAUCAAGACAGUCAUGACACGUACGGAAAUGAUGGAAGUAUACAGAUGAUACUGUCAGAUCCUUCCCCCCCAAUGGAAAAUGAUGUUUUUUCGUGCCUGAUGGGUUGUUCGGAUAAAGCCAAUGAUGUUCAGACAACGACCCAAUUGCAUUUUGAAAGUCAUUCUGUUUGUGAAAAAUCUGGAUCUCGCUCAUCUACUGAUUUGGCUGCCGGGGAUGAUAUUGGUGAGAUGUUAGUAGAAGAUCAUUCAUCAUAUUCAGCUUGGAGAAUCAUGUCGCAAAAGAUUGUUAAUGCUUGUUCUGAAAUAUAUAAACGGAGAGGUAGUAUUAAGUUUUGUUGUAAGCAUGUUGAAAAUGCUAGUGGUUUGCAUAAUGGGGUUAUAACAAAUGACAAUAGCCAAGUGAACCAUACUUCGUUGGACAAGUUUUGUAGUUUACCUGCUUCUCUCAGUAUACCUUCUGUAAGUCAGGCAGAUAAUGAGUCAGGUACUUGUGAUGACAUAGCAAAAUGGCUCGAGCAGGAUAGAUUUGGAUUAGAUGUCGAUUUUGUGCAAGAACUUUUGGAGCAGCUUCCUGGUGCCCAGUCCUGUUCUCAAUAUCAAUUUCUUAGAGAUGGAAGUAAUAAUUCUACAUCGCUGACUGUUGGAAACGGGCAUCUAGUGGUUAAAAUGGGGGCUGGGUUGCAUGGAAAAGAAGAGGAAGUUUUAGAUCGUUUAUUUAGGAGGUCUAAAAAAGCCAAGUUGGCUGAGGUUCAUGUUAAGAAUGAUCAUCCACCUCCUCUUGGGAAGCCAUUGUGCUCGAGGAUCCCUCCUGCACUUGUUGGUGACUUGUAUCAGGUUUGGGAACUACUAUGGCGCUUCCAUGGUAUUUUGGGUCUAAAGGAGGCAUUUUCAUUGAAAGAACUUGAGGAUGAACUCAUAAACCCUUGGUUUGCCAGCUCAGAUCUACCAGAGAAGUAUGAGAGUGAAAUCCAGGGCACCAAAGCUUUAAAAGCACGUAAAGUUGAUUGUAGAAGUGGUCUAGUUCUAUCAUCUAGCUCUGAGUUCAGUUCGGCAGUUUCUAGGGAUAACCCUCAUGCAUUCAUCCAUAUGGAAACCGGAGCAAUGAAGGAGGCAGCUGAAGCUAAACUCGCAUCUGUUACCUACAAUAGAUGUUCCGGCAUAGCUUUGACAAAGGCUCACGCCUCACUGCUAAAAGUGCUCAUAGGCGAGUUGCAGUCCAAGGUUGCUGCACUGGUUGAUCCGAAUUUUGAUUCUGGAGAGUCCAAAUCAAAGCGGGGAAGGAAGAAAGAUAUUGACUGUUCUAUUCCUGUGAAAAGAUCGAAGCUACUUCCAAUUAAUGAAUUGACUUGGCCAGAGCUGGCACGGAGAUACAUCUUGGCUGUGUUAGCCAUGGAUGGUAACCUUGAGUCUGCUGAAAUUACUAGUCGUGAAAGCAGUAAAGUAUUUCGCUGCUUACAAGGUGAUGGUGGCGUGCUUUGUGGCUCUUUAUCUGGAGUAGCGGGGAUGGAAGCAGAUGCACUUUUGCUUGCAGAGGCCACAAAGAAAAUCUUUGCUUCACUUGAUGGGGAAAGUCAUGUAUUCACCAUAGAAGCAGAAGGGUCGGAUGGAACGGUGUCUGUUGAAACAAAUUUGGGAAAUGAUGGUAAUAUACCAGCGUGGGCGCAGAUGCUGGAACCUGUUAGAAAGCUACCGACAAAUGUGGGAACAAGAAUCAGAAAAUGUGUUUAUGAAGCUUUGGAUAAGGAUCCACCAGAAUGGGCAAAGAAAAUACUGGAACAUUCUAUCAGUAAGGAAGUUUACAAGGGCAAUGCCUCAGGACCUACAAAGAAAGCGGUUAUUUCAGUGCUCGCAGAUGUGAAGGCUGAAUCUUUAAAACAAAAAUCUGAGAAGGGAAGAAAACGGAAGAUUAAUAUCUCCAUUUCUGAUGUUAUUAUGAAACAAUGUCGCAUUGUGUUCCGUCGUGCGGCUGCGGCAGAUGACACAAAGGUUUUCUGCAAUUUGCUGGGAAGAAAGCUGAUGAAUUCAAGUGAUAAUGAUGAUGAGGGACUCCUUGGGUCCCCAGCCAUGGUAUCUCGGCCUUUGGACUUCAGGACUAUUGACUUGAGAUUGGCAGCUGGAUCCUAUGGCGGAUCACAUGAAGCUUUCCGUGAGGAUGUUAGGCAGUUAUGGAGUAAUCUACGUAUUGCUUAUGGUGAUCAGCCUGAUUUGGUCGAGUUGGUUGAGACGUUAUCCCAAAAUUUUGAAACAUUAUAUGAGGAGGUUAUUUCUCUGGACCAUAAAUUUGCGGAGUAUGUAAAGUUGGAAUCUAUAAGUGCUGAAAGAAAAAAGGAGAUUGAUGAUUUAGUUGCUUCUAUGACUGAUAUCCCCAAAGCCCCUUGGGAUGAGGGAGUCUGCAAAGUAUGUGGCAUUGAUAAAGAUGACGACAGCGUACUGUUGUGUGAUACUUGUGAUGCUGAGUAUCAUACUUACUGUUUGAUUCCUCCUCUUGCAAGGAUCCCAAAGGGAAAUUGGUAUUGUCCAUCUUGUGUUGUUGGCAAAAACAUGGUUCAAGACGCGUCAGGACAUCCUCAGGUCAUUAGCCGACGCCGUGGUAAAAAUUGUCACGGAGAAGUUACACGCGUUUACUUGGAGUCACUCACGCAUUUAGCAACUAAAAUGGAAGAGAGCGAGUAUUGGGAAUUCCAUGUGGAUGAGAGAACCUUCCUGCUGAAGUUCUUAUGUGAUGAGUUGCUUAAUUCAGCCGUUAUUCAUCAACACUUUGAACAUUGUUCUGACACAUCAAUUGAGUUGCAGCAGAAAUUGCGAUCGUUAUCUGUAGAGUGGAAGAACCUCAAGUCUAGAGAAGAGUUAUUGGUUGCGAGAGCUGCAAAGGUUGAUGUCAGCCUUGGGGAAGAUGGCAUAAAGGAAGGGGUUUCUGCUUCGGUUGAAAACCAAGAAAAAUGUCCCGGUCAUGCACAUGCUUUGAGUGGCAGGUCCAACUACUUCAAUGGAGUCGCUGAUGAUAUUCCAGCAUCAGAGAGCGCCCGAGGGUUUGAUAAACUCCUGUCGGUCAGUAAUGCAGAACACAAUAGUCAAAAUUCUGUAGAUGCUGGAGUUAGGGAAAAAGAAGGCCAUCCUGCUGUUGACGACACUAAUGCAGAAGGAAAUUUCCUUCCGCAUAUGCAUUCCGAGAAAAAUGAUAGAUCCUUUGGGUGUACUGAUUUGCCGUCAUCAAAUUCUCUACCACAUGAAGCUAAUGGCUCUAAUAGAGAAAUCAGUGGUCUUGAUCUACAACAGGAGGAUACGGAAAGAGUUGUCUCUCCUUUUAAGCCUUUAGAUCAGGAAGGGCUUUGUAUCCCUUCCGAAGUUAGGAGCAAUUUUGUGGCUCAACGUAUGUCACCUGCUAUUGCAAAUGACUCACACUCCUACCACCUUGAGUUGAACUCUGUAAGAAACGACUUGUCACUUUUGCUAGAAUCAAUUACUGCUGUAGAAUCUGACCUUUCAAAGGUUUCUGUGCGGAGGGAGUUUCUGGGAAUUGAUUCUUUGGGUGGCUUGUACUGGGCUUCGGCUAUGCCAGGCGAACACUCUCAAAUUAUUGUUGAUAGAAGCAUAUCAGUGCAGCAGGGGAUAAAGAUGGCAGAACGCAGAGACCCUGUAUGGAGGAAUUCCGUCUUGCAGAACCUUGCUGCAAGUAGCAUGAAAAGUGGUUUGCCUUUAGAGGGAUCUAAAGCUCACUGUCCCUUUUUAUUUGAACCAAACAAGGCUGUAGCAUUAAGUUCACCUUGGAUUUCAUAUCAAACUGAUGCAGAAAUUAAUGAACUGAUAGGUUGGUUAAAGCCCCAUGACCCGAAGGAAAGAGAGUUGAGAGAGUCAAUAUUGAACUGGCAGAAGUCUAGGUUCCAAAAAUAUCAGCAAACUGGAAGCCGAGUUCAUGAUGACCUCCAAAGUGCUUUGUCAGUGGCUAGUAAUGGUGAAAGAGCUGCAAUUUCUAACCAUCUUGGUACUAGGGCAGCUAUGUUUCUGGAGAAGUUAUAUGGUCCAUGCUUUGAGUUGGAAACUGUUGAUAUCUUAAAAAAGCAGGGGAAGCGAGCUAGAAUAACUAAUGAUGAGAAAAUGUACAGGUGUGAUUGUUUGGAACCAAUUUGGCCUUGUAGACACCAUUGCUUCUCUUGCCACAGGACCUUUUUGACUGAUGUUGAACUUGAGGGGCAUAAUGAUGGUAGGUGCAUGUCAGGUGCUGCAGCCUGUGAGAAGGGCAAGGAAAAAAGUGAUUCUUCUAUAGUUAAGGGAAGUCUGAAUUGUGUGAUGAAUAGGGAAGAGUUCAGAGGUGAGCUGAAAAAUGUUGAAACUUCCAGAAGUGUCAGUUCUGAGCUUAACGCGAAGUUGAUUAAGUAUCAGAACGAAGGAUUUGUUUGCCCAUAUGAUUUGGAAGAGAUCUGCUCCAAGUUUGUGACAAAUGAUUCAAAUAAGGAUUUGAUACAGGAUAUAGGUCUUAUAGGCUCAAAUGGGAUUCCAUCUUUUGUUCCAUCCUCAUCCCCUUACCUCAGUGAUUCUGCAGUUGCAUUAAUUACUCCUCAGGAAGAUGUAGGUGAACUUGGAAUUGGACAGGAGGCUGCUGAGCCACCAAUUUCAGAAGGAAACACUGGUGCGGAUACUGCAGGCUGCAACAGUCAUUGUGGGUCAGCUGAUGGGCUACAAGUGCUAAACGCCAAUAGACAAACUUUCAGAUAUCUGGAACGAAGAAAUAUGAGACCCUCGGGUAGUCAUUCAAUUGUGGGGGGUGGCCAAUUCUGUGUGGUCCCCCAGUCCUCUUUGCGUCCUUUAGUUGGAAAAGUUUCUGAGAUUUCUAGACGACUCAAGAUAAAUCUUCUUGACAUGGAAGCUGCAUUACCUGAAGAAGCUUUAAGACCAUCAAAGGCACACUUGGAAAGGAGAUGGGCGUGGCGUGGAUUUGUUAAGUCCGCAUCCACAAUAUAUGAGAUGGUUCAAGCGACAAUUGUGCUGGAGGACAUGAUAAAGACCGAGUACCUAAGGAAUGAGUGGUGGUAUUGGUCAUCGUACUCAGCUGCAGCCCAGACUUCUACUAUGUCAUCCCUUUCCCUGCGAAUUUACUCCCUCGAUGCUGCUAUCCUGUAUGAGAAAAUGCUUCCAAAUUCAGACAUAACUGACGACUUGGAGCCCAGCAGCUUACUUGACCAGACUAUGCUGCCUGUUGUGGAUUCAACAGAAAAGUUAAAGAUAAGUAGGAAAUUGAACAAAAAAAGGAAAGAACCAGAGGGUUGAUGUUGGGAUAUGUGAUUCUAGAUUUGUGAUUUUGUGUGGAUACCAACCCGGAUGGGUUGUUCCCAGUAGCCAUGAAGCAGCGGCAUGCAGAUUCGGUAACAGUAGAUACUGAUCACUGAACCAUAGUGGGGUUGUGUUGAAUCAGACUACACCAUGACAACUAUUUUCGAGGAAUGAAAGUGUCACUGCUACUGCUGCUGCUGCCGAACCAUUUAUCUGUACAUAGAGGUAAAGCUGACAUGCUAACUUGGAUGCAGAUGAUGAAAAGCAGUGUUUAUAUGAUAUCUGCUUCAGUGGAUUCGGGCACCGGGACAAACUUGAUAUAUGCAGAUGAACCCAAUUUUGGAAUGAUUUCUGCUGCAGCUUUGAAGUGUUGCUUGGAAAGGGAGAACUGGAGAAGGAAGCAAAUGAAAUUCUUAAAAAAAGAGAGUGAGAUCCAUAUAAUAGUUAUAGAGAGAACUAAUGUUAACAAGGGAAAACAGAUCAGAAAUUGGCAAAUUGUUGAAGCUGAGCAGGUUUAGUCAAUAUUUCAUUCUUUUGGUACAUCUCUCUUUUUGUCUCUCUAGCUCUAUCUAGGCAUUCUCCAAAGCUGUCAAGAGUUGAUGCCCCUUCCAUAUGUGUCGGAUAUGUGUAACUGUUUUGAGGGAUUUCUGCUGGUUAACCACCCUGCCCAAGUCUCACCUCUUACUUGUUAGGGUUGUUGCCAUUGGCGAGGCACUCUUUUGACAUUCGUACAUGUAGGUUACAUUAGAUCAUCUUUCUGGGGGCUUUGUGGGACCAAUGUUUUUUUUUUUUUCCGUGUUAGUAAAGUAUCCCAGGGCCUGCCUUCCAUUUUGUAGCAAAGUAGCAGGUGUUAGGUGCAGUACAAGUCAAUUACCUUGAUGUGCAAUCUUCAUGUGAAGAAUUGUAUGAUAGUUUAGAUUCUUUCAGCUUCUGCCUCAUCAUUGGCAAUGAGUGUCUGUGGAUAUGUAACCUUGUGUACUUCGUGAUUUUUACUCAUGAAAUAGCAGAACUUUUUAGUGUA